AUGGAAGCGCAUAUCCACGUGUUCAACGAUCCAAUGGCUCCAAAGAAGAACCAAAACUCUUUGAUUCAAAAGGCUACCGAGAUUGCCACCGUUGUUGGUUUAUCAUCCACCGGGGGCAAGAUCGAUAAUACAGCUACAACAAAUGGCUCAAGCUCCUCAGGCUCGGAAGAGAUCGACUCCAAAUCUCAAGCCUUCACCACAUUGCCGGUUAUGGUGGUUGAUGCGACUUCUGUGGAUGAGCAAUUGGCGCACUUGGCCCAAACAGUGGCCAAUCUUCAAAAAAUAGUCGAAGACAAAGACAUGAAAAUCGCUCAAUUAAUGGAUAAGUUGGAACAGUCAGAGGUUGGGGAGUUUAGCCCGAAGCACGAAUCUUACCCGCUUCGUGACGAGAAGGCAAAGCAAGUGGAAGAAGCACAUCCCAAGCCGGACUUCGUGCAAGGCGCCACUCAUUCUUCGAUGUCUGUUGCCACGCUAUCUGUACAACAAUUGCAAGAAAUGAUUGCCAAUACUAUCAAAGCGCAAUAUGGAGGACCAUCUCAAGUCUCACCCAUGUACUCAAAGCCGUACACUAAGCGGAUAGAUGCAUUGAGGAUGCCAGCGGGAUACCAACCCCCAAAACUUCAACAAUUCGACGGAAAGGGGAACCCCAAGCAACAUAUUGCUCAUUUCAUCGAAACUUGCAACAAUGCAGGGACUAACGGCGAUCUCUUGGUGAAACAAUUCGUAAGAUCACUCAAGGGAAAUGCUUUCGAUUGGUAUGUCGAUUUGGAACCCGAGUCCAUCAACAGUUGGGAAGGGAUGGAACAUGAAUUCUUGAAUCGCUUCUACAACACGCGUCGUACUGUGAGUAUGAUCGAGCUUACCAACGCGAAGCAAUGGAAAGAUGAACCGGUUGUGGAUUACAUCAACCGUUGGCGUGCACUAAGUCUAAAUUGCAAGGAUAAGCUAUCGAAAGUGUCGGCAAUUGAUAUGUGUAUCCAAGGGAUGCAUUGGGGGCUUCUCUACAUCUUACAGGGGAUUAAGCCUCGAAAUUUUGAAGAAUUGGCUACGCGUGCCCAUGAUAUGGAGUUGAGUAUCGCGAACCAUAAGAGUGCACUCCUGCUAGAUGGUCAAAAAGGGGAAAGAAAGGAUUGUAAGAGAAACGAAAAAUUCUCUAAAACUUCUACCAAGGAGUCAAUGGCCAUAAAAGCAGUGGGUUUGAAAAUUCCUUCGAAGAACGAAGAUGACAAAACCGGUGAACAUCGAAUAUCAAACAAUAGACGUCGACCCACGUUGAAGGAAAUGCAAGAGAAAGAAUACCCUUUUCCGGAAUCGGACAUCUCCCAUAUCUUUGAUGAGCUGUUGGCAAGGAAAUUAAUUGACUUGCCGGAACCAAAACGGCCCGAAGAAGUAGGAAUGAUGGAUGACCCAAAGUAUUGCAAAUACCAUCGAGUUGUUGGCCAUCCCAUAGAAAAAUGUUUCGUGGUCAAAGAGAAGAUCAUGAGACUCGCGAGAGAUGGCAAAAUAAUACUAGAUACUGAAGAGGUUGCCAACACGAAUGUUACAAGUGUCACUCCACUCUCAAGCGACACAUAUCCCGCAUCAAACACCCAAAAAUGCCCGCCUGCACCUACAAAGAAAGUGUCUGCAUUUCAAUUUGGGAGUUUGGAACCACAAUUGAUAAGGGCUUUAUUUCACGAGGAUAAAGUCAUACACGAGGAAAACCCCAUCUCUGCUAUUGAGGAUGAGGGAGAAUGGAUUCUAGUGACACGUCGGCAGAGACAGAGGGGACGUGUUGACAAACUUCAUGUAAUGCCAUCACGAAACCCACAGCCAAUAAAAUACAUUCACCAUGCCAAAUCCAACAAAGGCUCAAAGGUGAGUGAUGAUGCUUCAAGAAAAUCUUACGGAAGUUCGGUUCGCAAGCACGUGACUUUGAAAGAGUUCUUUCCGAAAGAGUUUUUCAUGCAAAAAGUUGAAAGAGCAUACGUUAAUUCGGAUGAGAGCGACCAUCAACAUUAUAUUCCUUGUUGUGCUGCUAUGACUUUCACGGACGAUGACUUGUUGUUGGGAUCUAAACCUCACAAUCGUCCGCUCGUAGAUGGAGGGUCAGCUGUCAAUAUCUUACCAAAAUCCACCAUGAGACAGUUGGGGAUUGCUACCGAAGAUUUGUCUCGCAGUCGCCUUACUAUUCAAGGAUUUAACCAAGAAGGCCAAAGAGCUAUUGGGAUGGUUCGUUUAGACCUCACAAUUGAAGAGCUAGCGGCAAGUACACUAUUCCAUGUGAUUGAUGCAAGAACCUCUUAUCACUUAUUAUUAGGAAGGCCAUGGCUUCACGAAAAUGGAAUUGUCCCAUCUACCCUUCAUCAAUGCUUCAAAUACCUGAGGAAUGGAGAAAUGAUGAAGGUCGAUGCUAAUGCGAAGCCCUUUACCGAGGCAGAAUCACACUUUGCGGAUGCCAAAUUGUAUCUAGAGUCAAACCCGAAAUGCGAAACGGUGAUUUCAAAGGCACCGGUAUGUCACCCUAUUAAUGGAAGUCAUAUGGAACUCGUACUGACGAAGAUCAGUUGCACAAAGGACGAGAAGGUGGCCACUUCAGUUGAAGCUCCGAUGAGCAAAAAUGACGGGGCUGUGAGGAAAUUGAGUUUGCCAGUGUUUCGUUGCGCUCCUCAAUCACGUCGAGGAAGCCAAAUUUUGUUCAGUGAGUGUACCACAUUAUUAGAGGAUGGACAAGAACGACCGAAGGAGCAAGAGCCAAGCCAUUGCCACCUCAUUAGGGAAGGUUUAAUCAUGCCUAUUAUCGGCUUAGGUCCAUUGGCGCGUGAGCAGACGCAUGAUGUUGUACCCCAGUCUCAAUGGCCUAGGGAGGCGUAUGAUCCAAGAUCAUAUAAUUUAUUAGCUAAGUCUGGUUACAACUUCUCUAAUCCAUCUCGGCUAGGCGAACUAAAACCUGAGUUGACGGGCGAAAAGAUUCAUGGGUUAAAUGAAACACAAAGGACGUUAAGGAGACAAGGUUUUCGCGUUAAUCAACCCAAAGUCGGUUUGGGAUUCACACCCAUCGAGCCGGUUAGAAUUCGCGUUUCAAGGAAAGGAGAGUGCGCCAACGUCCAUCAUAUCACCAUAAAGGGGGUUGGAAAUAAAAACAAAACUAGCGGUCGCAUUUCUGCUUUUGAUCGAAUUGGGGCUCCUACCACCCGCUCUUCUGUCUUUGAAAGACUUGACGCUCAUGUUGCGCGACCCUCAAUCUUUGAAAGGCUUGGUCCUUCUAAUAAUGUCUCGAGUGUUCACGAUAGAAUUUCUACAGAAACUCGUUCAGUGUUCUCACGACUGGGAAAUCACAAUAGGAACCAGCACGGAAAAAGAGUGCGAGAGGAUGAGAUAGAUAUGUUUGAAUCAACGGGUGAAGCUCAAGCUCAUCAAAUGCUUCAAUCACGCCAAAUGGACCAACCACUCUUAGUUAUUGCCAUGAAUGGAUCAGUGAAGGUGAAACAACGUGUUACCAGCCAUCAUGCCUCUAAAGAGAACGGAAAUCGAAGCGAUGACGAAGUCGAAAUCAUCGUCAGCAGUCAUUACGCAAGUAUUGUUGAUGAUCAAGAGGAAGUUUCGGAAGAUGAAAUACAAGAGGCCCUUGUACAACUGGAGGAUGGAGGGCAAGCUACUCUUGAUGAGUUAAAUGAACUGAACCUGGGCACAUUAGACGACCCCUGCCCAAUAUUCGUGAGUGCAAUUUUGAGUCCUGAAGAGGAGGGACAAUAUCUUCAGAUAUUAGGCGAAUACAAAGAUGUGUUUGCGUGGACGUACAAAGAAAUGCCCGGGCUGGAUCUCAAAAUCGCAAUCCAUCACCUUGGUAUAAGAAAUGGAGCGCGCCCCGUAAAACAAUCGCAACGUGUGCUCCGUUCCGAGUUAAUUCCUCGAAUUGAAACUGAAGUCAACAAGCUCAUAGAUGCUGGAUUCAUCAGGGAGGUCAAAUAUCCAACCUGGAUCUCUAGCAUUGUACCAGUCAAGAAGAAGAAUGGUCAAAUUCGCAUUUGUGUUGAUUUUCGGGACUUAAACAAGGCUUGUCCUAAGGAUGAUUUCCCCUUACCUAUCAUCGAGCUCAUGGUUGAUGCGACAACCGGACAUGAAGCAUUAUCUUUUAUGGAUGGCUCUUCCGGCUACAAUCAAAUUAGAAUGGCUCCGGAAGAUGAAGAAUACACGGCAUUUCGCACGCCAAAGGGAAUUUACUACUACAAAGUAAUGCCCUUUGGACUAAAGAAUGCAGGCGCUACCUACCAGCGUGCCAUGCAAAACAUCUUUGACGACAUGCUGCACAAAAGAGUGGAGUGUUAG